AUGGAGAACCAAGAUGGGACUCAGACUCUUCGGGCUCCAAAAUGUUCACGUUGCCGGAAUCAUGGCUUUGUGGUACCAGUCAAGGGUCAUGCUGGUCACUGCAGGUGGAAGCAGUGCCCAUGUGAGAAAUGUUCUCUCAUCACUGAACGCCAGAAGAUCAUGGCUGCACAGAAGGCCUUAAAAAGACAAGGACCAGAUUCACCACCUAGAGAGACCUUGCCUCCCACUCAGGGUAGGCCCAAUGAAGAAGUGGCAGCCCUUGCUAGCAGUAAGAAGGGCCUAAAAAUAAAUUCCUCAGAGUUUCCCACUCCUGGGUCAGUUGUGCAUGAAGGAAUUAAAGUGACUUCAGCAGUUAGCUCCAGUACCAGAACAGCAAAUAAUCCAACACCACCUAAACCAAGCUCUCCGACCUUCAUAGAUUUAGAUCAUCCCAAUAUGCCUCAAGAAUGUAUUACUGUGUGUCCAGAAUUUGGGGAGAGGGACCCUCCCAAAAUAUAUCCUGGAUACUCUGGGAUGUAUCCUUAUCAUCCAUUUUCAAUGGGAUUCACUAUCAAUCAACCAGCUUACAGAGGUCCAUCUCCUGCACCUGUUUUGCCUCUGCAAACAAGUUUCAGACACUUUUCCGGCAAUCAUGGAGCAGGUAGUGUUCCUCUACAGGACACAGGUGGGGAUUUCCGGCCAGGAUACUAUACUCCACUCUCACCCUUUAUACCCCGAGGCUUUCUGCCAAGGAUUCACUACCUUCCACCACCUCUCCAGCUCAACCUUGUGACUGAAGCUACGAAGGAAACAUCUAUUUCCACUGAAGACAGCCAGGAUUCUGCAAUUAUAUGUAAGCCCUGCCAAACAUCUCAAGAAGAUGCCACUGAAGAUUGUUCUUCAUAUUCUGAACAGUAA